UCCCGCUUCCUGCUUCCCAGAGGCCGGGAUCCGGAGCCGCCCCAGGCUGGUGCCGUAGCCCCCGGCGCCGCGGUGAGCGACAUGUCCUUCCGCAAGGUGGUCCGGCAGAGCAAAUUCCGGCAUGUGUUCGGGCAGCCGGUCAAGAACGACCAGUGCUACGAGGACAUUCGAGUGUCCCGUGUCACCUGGGACAGCACCUUCUGCGCCGUGAACCCCAAGUUCCUGGCGGUGAUCGUGGAGGCCAGCGGCGGGGGUGCAUUCCUGGUGCUCCCCCUAAGCAAGACCGGCCGCAUUGACAAGGCUUACCCGACCGUGUGCGGGCACACAGGACCCGUCCUGGACAUCGAGUGGUGUCCCCACAACGACGAGGUCAUCGCCAGCGGCUCGGAGGACUGCACGGUCAUGGUGUGGCAGAUCCCCGAGGACGGGCUGACCUCCCCGCUGACCGAGCCCGUGGUGGUGCUCGAGGGGCACACGAAGCGAGUGGGCAUCGUCACCUGGCACCCGACGGCCCGCAACGUGCUGCUCAGCGCAGGGUGCGACAACGUGGUCCUCAUCUGGAACGUGGGCACGGCGGAGGAGCUGUACCGGCUGGACAGCCUGCACCCCGACCUCAUCUACAACGUCAGCUGGAACCGCAACGGCAGCCUCUUCUGCUCGGCAUGCAAAGACAAGAGCGUGCGCAUCGUCGACCCCCGCCGCGGCACGCUGGUGGCAGAGCGGGAGAAGGCCCACGAGGGGGCCCGGCCCAUGCGGGCCAUCUUCCUGGCGGAUGGCAAGGUGUUCACCACGGGCUUCAGCCGCAUGAGUGAGCGGCAGCUGGCGCUCUGGGACCCCGAAAACCUCGAGGAGCCCAUGGCCCUGCAGGAGCUGGACUCGAGCAACGGGGCCCUGCUGCCCUUCUACGACCCAGACACCAGCGUGGUCUACGUCUGCGGCAAGGGCGACUCCAGCAUCCGGUACUUCGAGAUCACAGACGAGCACCCCUAUAUCCACUUCCUGAACACGUUCACCAGCAAGGAGCCCCAGAGAGGCGUGGGCAGCAUGCCCAAGAGGGGCCUGGAAGUCAGCAAGUGCGAGAUUGCCCGGUUCUACAAACUGCACGAGCGCAAGUGUGAGCCCAUUGUCAUGACUGUGCCAAGAAAGUCCGACCUCUUCCAGGACGACCUCUACCCGGACACCGCGGGGCCCGAGGCGGCCCUGGAGGCAGAGGAGUGGGUGAGCGGACGGGACGCCGACCCCGUCCUCAUCUCGCUGCGAGAGGCCUACGUACCCAGCAAGCAGCGGGACCUCAAGGUCAGCCGGCGCAACGUGCUGUCCGACAGCCGGCCCGCCAGCGCCGCCCGCCCGGCAGCCCCCGCGCCCGCCGGCCCCGCCGCCGCCGCCGCCCCCAGCAGCAGCCCCGAGGGAGCCGGGGAGGCCGGGAAGCUGGAGCUGGUGAUGCGGGAGCUGCGGGCGCUGCGCGCCCUGGUGAAGGAGCAGGGCGAGCGCAUCAGCCGCCUGGAGGAGCAGCUGGGCCGCGUGGAGAACGGGGACGCCUAGGGCCGCCGCCCGCUUCUCACUCCGCUUCCGCGGGCGGCGGGUCACGCCGGGCCGCGGGGCGGGGCGGGGGCCGCUCUGCACCCCAACCCUGCCAGGGCCCUAGGCUGCCCCGCCGCCCGAGGUUUUUGUACCAAGCGCGCUCACUGCACUCCCGAGGGACCACCUUCCCCCGCCCCGCCCGGCCCUGUGCUCCCCCCAGAGGGGGCGGGAGGAU